AUGCCGAGUGAUACGCAUGCAUGGCCGUCAUGGGUACGCGAGUGCGGUUUCCUCGAUCCGCUCGUGCCUGAUGACAAGAAUAGUGCGAUGUACAUGGUGAUGCAGCGCUGCGCAGAGCGCUACAUCGAGCCUGUGGCCGCGGCCAGCACGCCUGAUGCCCUGCAUCGUGGGCUUGCCUCGCCACCAUCGUACAACGUGGUCCUCUCGUCGAUGUACGAAUGGAUCGCCUCUUCACCACGUGUGCUGGAGCUUGCGUUUCUGCGUGCGCCUACCGCUGCGUCUGCUCUCGAGGAUCCGACGCUGGACUUGUACCUCCUUCCCCGACUCUUGGCCUCCCUCACCGUGCUCUGCACGUAUGAGAAACAGGGGCUGGACGUAGGGCAUGCCUUGGGUGAAACUAUGCGCUUGACAGGCACGAUUUUGCAUAUGAGUCUGGCGUCAUCGCAUCACCAAACACAUGCACGCUUUGUGCUGUUUGAUGCGAUGCGGUGCGGCGUUCGUGGGAUGGUCGCAUCGGGCCGUCUCGCACCUGACUAUAUGGCCCUUGUCGGUGCGUCGCAACCACAAGACGAGCUCCUGCUAUGUGCGAAUGACCCUGUGCCUGAGCCCUUUACCAUUCGUCACCACCACCGUACCGACGCCGUGACCCAAACAUGGCUCGUCCGCGAAGCGGCCACGUUUCGCGUCGCACCGCCCCCAUCGAUCGCAGCUGACGUAUUCGAAAUCCUUGUCUUGCUGUGCACGCGCAUCGCUGCAGAGCUUGGCGCCGUCUUUCCUUUCGCGAUGCAAGACAUGGUCGAGUUGGGCGUGCGCAUCAUGCUGGGCCCGGAAGGUGCUCGCUGGACCCAUGUACACUAUGAUGCAUUCAUCGCAGCUCUGCCACACUUGGGCCUGUAUUUCUAUCCUGUGGCCCAUGCCUGCAUGCUAUCCGUGUCACAGGCGCAUUCGGCAGACGAACGGACCUGCGUGCAGCUCACCCAAGUGCUGCGCAUGAUAUACGAACGUGUGCGUCGCGAUGCUUCGCCAGAGACGGCAUGCCUUGUCGGCGAUCCACGCUCACUUAUACCCACGCAUGUGGCGCAAAUUUUGCAAACACAGCAAGACACGCUGCGUGCGUGUUAUGUCGCGUACCUAUGUAUAUUGUUCGCGAUGCUGGACGAAGCGCCCUUAGACGACGCAUGGCUUUGUCUGCAUGAUGUCGAUGAUCCCGCCUGGCAGCAUGAGUACCAUCGUUUUCAAAACACGCCAACGAGCCUCCCUCCCCCGCCUGCGAAGCGGGCACGCACAGAAGCGGAACCUUGCGAGACAUGGCCCUGCCCGGUGUGCGACGCUGCACAACUUGACAUGACGGUAAACAUGCCACGCACAGAUGCCACACUGCCGCACGACUUGGCCUAUGCCCCCCUCUCGGACCCAAGGCAGGCCCUGCUUGUCCUGCAGGCGCUCUUGCGGUUCUUUGUGCAUGCACAUGACGAUGCGAUCAUGUCGUGUGACAUGGCAUCCGUGAAAAAGGCCCUGCAAUGUACCAUGUCACACAUCCAUCGCGGCGUGCGUGUUCGUACAGGACGUGUCUUGUAUGCUUGCGUAUGGCGGUGCAGUCACAUGUGCCGCGCUCAGCGGUCGCCAUCGCUGGUGUCGUCGCUCAUGGCCAUUGCGACGGAUGGCGCCUCCGCUCCGUCCGACUCGAAAAUGCAAGAGACGUGCGUGCUAGCAUUAGCACUGCUUGGUCGCAUUCCUCACGAAGACUGCUCUUCCCUCGUGGUGAGCGCCCUCAUUCGGUGUCUCUUUGCCCCACACGUAUUCAUUCGAGCGCUCGUAUGUGCCGAAACGAUCCAGCUUGCCGUGUACCGCCGAUGUACGACCUUCCAGCUGUUUGCGCAGCACUUACACAUUGUGUGUCAUGUCGCCAUACAUGCCUCCCGCGGCAUGAUGCAUGCCUUGUCCGACAUCGCUCGUCUGGUCAACAUGCCAGGUCCGACCUUUUUGCAGGCGACUCUGGGGUACACGCUUCCACUACUACUAGAGCGCAUGGCCCUGGGCCAAGCGACGGCGCAGGCGGAGAUGGAAGCCAUGGCCGCGACGGUGGGCCAGUCCGUACCGGCCAUUUGCCUGGCACAUGUGUCUGACGUGUUCCAGCAUGCGUUUUUGCAGCCAUCAGAUGUGCGUGAUGCGAGUCUGCAGAUGCUCAUGUCGCUGCUCGGCUCGAAAUCCGUCACGAUAUCGAGUCUGCUCCGGAGUCGCUUACACGACGUGCUUGGAUGGCUGGUGGAGCACCUGGGCACGAGUGCCUAUCAUGGGCGUGCGUACGAGGCACUCGGCUUCGUGCAUGAGACCGUGGCGACGAGUGCCAAGUGGCGCGGUAUGGACUUGACCGCCUUUUUACAGGAAGAGGUCCUGGCCAUCCUCACGUGGAUCAACGAUGAGCUCAGUGGCGUUCAUGGCAAGCUGCGCAAUGAACGACGGGUGAUGGCUGUGCGCAGUAUCGGUGCUCUCGUACAGAAAAUCGGCAAUGUGGCUGCGCGUGUAGCGCCCCAAGUCUUGGCUAGUCUGACUAGCACACUCCAAGACCCAUCGCUGGCUAUGCCGACGCUGGAGAGCUGGCUUGAUGUGGUCAAGGCACUCCGCGGAGCAGAUCUUGGCGUGCUGGUGGGGCCUACCGCUGCAGCUCUCCUGGCCGCAUGGUCACGCUUUGAUACAGACGAACGACAUGUGGCCGCUCAGGUGUUGCGCUAUGCCGUCAUGGAGCGCACUUCCGAUCCCAUUUACCUGAACGACGUGCCGAGUCUCGAUGCUAUUGCCGAUGAUGUUCCAGACGUUGCGCAGCGCAUCCGCUCUAUGCGUUUAUCAUGGGAAGACGAAGUGCAGUUCGUCCACAUCCUCGAUCGUGUAUCGAACGACAGCGCGGCCAUUUGCAUGCAGUCCCUCGGCGAACUUCGCAUCUUUCUCCAGGAGCGGCGCGCGUGCAUCGCCACAUGGACGUCCGGUAACGUGUUUCACACGCUCAUUGGACGCUGCGUGCGCGUAUUAAUGGCCGUAGCGGCCCGAUCAGAAUUGGGGGACGUCGUCCCGGCACUGUGUCUCGAGUGCUUGGGCCUCUUGGGGGCUGUCGACCCCGAUCGAUUGGACAUGCCGCCCGAUGAGCCCAUCUUGAUUCUUCUAUCCGACUUUGAGAACGAGGAUGAAAACAUGGCAUUUGCACAGCGCAUUCUCGUCGAUGUUGUCGUGCCGGCCUUCCGAGCGACGCAUGAUACCAAGCACCAGGCAGCGCUAGCGUACGCGAUCCAGGAACUGCUCAAGUACUGCAAGUUUACGCCGGCCCUCUUAGAAGCGUCGGCUCCCACACGCGUACCGGAGAAGGUGCGGCAGCGGUGGUCUACGUUACCCGAAAUGCUCUUGCCGACGCUCCUGCCACUUCUCAACUCGCGAUACGUGGUGCAGCAGACGGAGCCACGGCCGCGCGAGAUGCCACUCUACGCACAUUCGACAUCGUACCGCGACUGGGUCCAAGCCUGGACUCUAUGGCUUAUUCGCUCUUCACGACCAGGCGAUGCUGCGUCCCUAUUCCACAUAUUCACGUCGGUGGUGCGUGACCACGACGUCGGCAUUGCACAAUACCUAUUGCCACAUCUCGUGCUGCAUAUCCUCAUCUCUGGCAGCAGUCAGCAGCGACGCACGGUCUUGGGUGAAUCGCUCGCUGUGCUGGCUGAUCAGGCACACCCGGCACUGGGGUACGAACCUGAGCGUCGCCGUCUCACGGCGCAGACCCUCUUCCAUGUGCUUGACCAUGUGGGCCACUGGAUGCGCCGCAUGCGCCUUGUACCGCUUCGCAUGGCGCGGCGCAGUCGCUGGCGUGAUGCUUUGAGUGACGUCCAGGCCAUCAUGGAUGAACUCUCGCCUGACUUGCUAGCCCAGGCCUCCUUACAGUGUGACGCCUAUGCUCGCGCUCUGCUCCAUUUUGAGUACCGCAUACGUGCUAUGCGCCCCCAGCCAUCUGAAACACUCCAGCCGUACUAUGAGACAAUGCACGAAAUUUACGCAAGCCUGGAUGACCCUGAUGGCAUGGAAGGUAUUUCCACCAUGGUCCUCGCUCCUUCUCUCGAGCACCAAAUCCGUGAACAUGAAAGCACUGGCCGCUGGACGAAUGCUCAGAGCUGCUGGGAAGUCGAGCUGCAGCAGAGGCCCGAUGACGUGCGAUUGCAUGUGGGUCUGCUUCGCUGCCUCCGCAAUCUCGGACACUAUGACACACUUCGAACGCACAUCCGUGGUGUGUUGGCUGUGCAUCCUACCUGGCAGAUGCACCUCGCCCCCUUCCAAAUUGAGGGUGCAUGUAUUCUCGCGGACUGGGACGCUGCUCGACAGCUUGUCCUGCAUGCUCCCAAGGUGCCGGAACUGGGUAUGGCACGGGCGCUUCUUGCGAUGCGUGACCACGACGAGGAAGCGUUUUCCACAGCCGUAUCUGAUGCACGUCAGCAGCUCGGUCGUCGCAUUCUCGGACCUGCACGCGUAUCCUACCCUCAUGCUUACGAUGCGGUCAUGCAGCUGCACAUGCUUUGCGAACUCGAGCUCAUUUUUUACGGCCGCGACGAUCUCAAGGCAAAUCUAGACGCGCGAUUCGCAGCGACGCUCCCGUCCUUUCGAACCCGUGAGCCCGUGCUCAGUUUGCGGCGCUCUGCAUUUCAGGCAUGUCGUGCGCCUGUCACAGACCUCGGCGCAUGCUGGAUUCUCAGUGCCAAGACGGCUCGUAAGGCUGGGCACACCCAAUCCGCCUACAGUGCCAUUUUGCAGGCGAUACAAAGCGGCGCACCAUAUGCAUUUGUCCAGAAAGCAAAGCUGCUAGCCCAUGGAGACCAGGUUCAAGCCGCCAUCCAGACUCUGAACAAUGCUCUCCAGACUGAAUCGGAAGCAUCUGGCGAUCAUCGAGAACUGGCCAAGGCCCACUUGCUGCGCGCAAGGCUCGUCGAAGAGACAGCGCGGUUUCAGCAGAAUGAUAUUAUCCAACACUACAAGACAUGCACGAGCCUUGAUGCCGACUCGGAAAAGAUUUGGUACUAUCUCGGCCACUUCUACGAUGCGCCUGGCAGUGGCGCCGUAGGCAAUCAAAUGCUGCUCCAGCUCAGCGUGUGUCGCUUUUACAUGAAGUCGGCUCAGCACGGCACGAAAUUCUUAUACCGCACUCUGCCUCGCAUGCUGACCAUAUGGCUGGACGCUGGUAACGAGCUGGCUGACCCGGAGGAGGCGCCGCCGUCGGAAGAAGACGCCCACCAGGCGCAACAGCAGUUUGACAAAAUUAACGAAAUGAUGCUGCGCUCCGUCCGACAUCUUGCGCGAUACCAGUGGUUCGCCGUGUUGCCUCAGCUCGUGGCGCGUAUCGUACACAAGAAUGAAGCUGUGUGGAAAGUGCUUUUGGAAAUCAUUGUGGCUGUGGUCGUGGCAUACCCUCAGCAAGGCAUGUGGGCGAUUUUGGCUGGGUCACACUCCAAGGACAAGCGGCGCAAGCAGCGGUAUGAAUGCAUUGUCGAGCGCAUUUCGUCCGUCGCUGACCGUGCCUACCGCGAUGUGGUGCCGAUUGUCGAGGCGGCCGAGCGCGUUUCGACGGAACUCCUCCAUCUCUGUGAGUAUCAGGUUCACAGGGAGACGAAACUGCGCAUGCCGCAGCAUUUUCCCGCACUGAUUGCAGCAGUACAGCGCACGCCCCUCAUCUUGCCGCUGCAGUCGUCGGUCAAUGUCAUUUUGCCGCCCAACAACCAGGUGAAUCAGACUCACCGUCCUUUCCCAAGCCAUGCGCCAACGAUAUUGGGCUUUGAUGACACCAUCGAAAUUAUGAAUUCACUGCAGAAGCCCCGCAAAAUUGUGAUCCAGGCAUCUGAUGGACUACGAUACCCGUUCCUGUGCAAGCCACGCGAUGACCUACGAAAAGACGCUCGACUAAUGGAAUUCGAUUCGAUGAUCAACAAGCUUCUUCAAAGCAAUUCAGACUCGCGUCGGCGCCGCUUGUAUAUUCGCACGUAUGCCGUCAUUAUUUUGAACGAAGAAUGCGGUCUGAUCGAGUGGGUCCCGAAUACCGUGGCUUUUCGCCAAAUUCUAGCGAAGCAUUAUGCGUCCAUGGACGUUCCGCUGUACACACCUGAUCUGAAAACUUUGCUGGACGAGGCUCGCGCCUCGCCCAAGAAUGCUGCCGCGCUUUUCGAGCAGCGUAUCUUACCAAGAUACCCACCUGUUUUCCAUGCUUGGUUUCUGGAGACUUUCCCUGAGCCAAGCGCAUGGUUCAAGGCGCGCUCGGCCUACGCGCGUACAGCCGCCGUCAUGUCGAUGGUCGGAUUCGUGCUCGGCUUGGGAGAUCGACACGGUGAUAACAUCCUCUUUGACGCUGGUUCAGGCGAUACAGUACAUGUUGACCUCAAUUGCCUGUUUGAGAAAGGCAUGCUUUUUGAAAUCCCCGAGCGUGUGCCGUUCCGUCUCACGCACAACAUGACCGAUGCACUCGGCGUCGCUGGCGUCGAAGGCGCUUUUCGAAAGACGGCGGAGAUUACCAUGAGCAUUUUGCGCGAUAAUCGCGACUCGCUCAUGAGCGUGCUGCAGGCCAUGGUGCAUGAUCCAUUGGGAGAAUGGGUGGCAACUGAGCGCCGCGCUCGGCACCGCCAUGGAGGCAGCAAUAAGCCAUGGUUGGGCGGCGCUGGUGGUGCACGCAAAGCGCUCAAGUCCGUAUCGGACAAGCUGGACGGUCGACUGCGGCGUCCAGGCCUGUCGGAUGACGUGCGACACACGACCAAGAAUCUCGUGCAUAUGCUCAUCUGCGAUGCUACGAGCACACAUAACCUCAGUCAAAUGUAUGUGGGCUGGGCGCCCUAUUUGUAA